UGAUCGAUCCUUGUCGAGUGAUCAUCGGGAGAAGCAAACGCCGGGAAACAACAAGACAAGCAGUUCACCAAAUUGAUCCUCUCCUCUCUCGCUAUUUCCGCCCAUCAGUAAUCACCCUCAAACGCCCCAACUCGCCAGCAUAAAAAGAGACACGGGAUGAGGUGACAAGGCGGAGGGGAAGUGAGACAGAUAGUAACUGGGAGGAACGAAGAUGACGAGCAAUGACGACGGUGCCAACAACAAUGGCCCCCUCCUCACCCCUUACAAGAUGGGCAAGUUUCGUCUUUCCCACAGGGUGGUUCUUGCACCACUAACGAGGCAGCGUUCAUACGGUAAUGUUCCUCAGCCUCAUGCCAUACUGUAUUAUCAACAGAGAACAACUGAAGGAGGGCUUCUGAUCUCCGAGGCCACUGGAGUGUCUGACACAGCUCAAGGGUACAAGGAUACUCCCGGCAUCUGGACAAAGGAGCAAGUGGAAGCGUGGAAGCCAAUAGUAGACGGGGUUCAUGCCAAAGGAGGAACAUUUUUCUGUCAGAUUUGGCACGUAGGGAGAGUCUCCAAUUCCACUUUUCAGCCUAAUGGGCAGGCUCCAAUUUCAAGCACUGAUAAGCCAGUACAGUCAAAACAUGUGGAUAAGUUCACUCCUCUUCCUCCUAGAAGAUUAGAGACCGAUGAAAUCCCUUUUAUCGUCAACGAUUUCAGGGUAGCCGCUAGAAAUGCAAUUGAAGCUGGAUUUGAUGGUGUUGAAAUUCAUGGAGCUCACGGUUACUUGAUCGAUCAAUUUUUAAAGGACCAUGUCAAUGAUCGCACAGACAUAUAUGGUGCCAGCUUAGAGAACCGUUGCCGGUUUGCAGUAGAAAUAAUUCAGGCGGUAGUUGAUGAGAUUGGAGCUGACAAGGUUGGGAUAAGGCUUUCACCUUUUGCAAAUUAUUCGGGAGCAGUAGACUCAAACCCGGAAGCUCUAGGCCUGUAUAUGGCAAAUGCACUGAACAAUUUUGGAGUUCUCUAUUGUCAUGUGGUGGUGCCACGGAUGGUGAAAAAUGGUGAAAAUUUUGAAACUCCCAGCCAUAUUGGGUUAAUGAGGAGUGCUUUUAAAGGAACAAUCAUUGUUGCUGGCGGCUACAGUAGGGAGGAUGGAGAUUAUGCAGUCUCUAGUGGCUAUGCUGAUUUGGUUGCAUAUGGGCGCUUAUUUCUGUCCAAUCCUGACUUGCCUCGGAGGUUUGAAAUUGAUGCUACCCUGAACAAGUACAACAGCGAGACUUUUUACACUCCUGAUCCAGUUAUCGGAUAUACUGACUACCCAUUUCUUCCAUCAGAUGUCUAAAUGUGCCUUUUCUGAAAAGUUGAUUUUAGAUCCGGCAGCUACCAUUUGUGCUGAAUAUAAGAUCGAUCAUUGAUCUCAGUGCGUAGAUUUCAUGUGCA